AUGGAACAUAGGACCAAUGUGACAGAAUUCAUUUUCAUUGGACUGUGGGCAAAUAAGCAAAUUGAGCUGUUGUUCUUUUUCUUCUUCCUGCUCUGUUGCUUGGCUAUCUUCAUGGGAAAUUUCAUCAUCUUACUCACCAUCACUUGCAGCCAUCUGAUCCAACAACCAAUGUAUUACUUUCUUUGCCAUCUUUCUCUCACGGACCUCAGCUACACCAUGACUGUCAUCCCCAGGUUUCUCAGAGACUUAGUUGCAGCAAGAAAAGACAUUUCCUAUCACAGCUGCAUGACGCAGCUCUUUGCAGCUCAUUUACUGGCAGGAGUGGAAAUUUUUAUUUUAGUGUCCAUGGCUUUUGAUAGAUACGUUGCCAUUGUCAAACCCCUACAUUACAUGGUGAUCAUGAACAGGGAGAGGUGUCACAUGCUGAUUCUUGUGGCCUGGGGCUUGGGGCUUUGGCAUUCAGUUGCUCUGCUCAUGGUGGUAAUCAAUUUACCUUUCUGUGGUCCCAAUCAGGUAGAUCACUACUUUUGUGAUGUGAAACCUCUUUUAAAACUUGUGUGCAGAGAUAUUCGGAUUGUCAAUAUCUUAAUGAUCGCAAACUCAGGAAUAGUGGUGGUCAUUGUUUUUCUUGCCCUGUUUGCAUCUUACAUAGUCAUAUUAUAUCAUCUUAGGACCCACUCCUCGGCAGGGCGCCGAAAAGCUCUCUCAACCUGCAGUUCUCACAUCAUGGUGGUCCUCCUGUUCUUUGGCCCUUGCAUCUAUGUUUAUCUUCUACCUCCAGGCUAUGAGAACAAGGACAAAGAAAUCUCAGUAUUUUACACUGUGUUUUCCCCUUUGCUGAAUCCUCUCAUCUACAGCUUGAGAAAUGUGGAGAUGAAAAUUGCUAUUCAGAAGGUAUGGUCAAAAAUAGCACAUUCUAAAUUUCAUUAA